AGCUGGAGUCCCCCAACUACACCUGGGAGCCUGCUUUAAAACUUGGACGCCGCCUCUGCUGCUGACUUCUGGCUCCAGGAGCUGAUCAUCCUCCUUUGCAGGAGUCAGAGAGGGAGCAGCUCGGGGAGGGAGCAGGAGGCGUCUGGAAGAAGGGGAAGAAGGAUCCCAUUCCCUGCCUGCCUCCUUCCCUUCCUCCUUGGGCCCUUGAGGGAAAGGACCUCGCUCGCUGCCGGGGAGAUUUCAGGUCCUACUUUCUCAUCAAGACAAAUUAAGGCAGCAUACAUGGUUCUCUGCCUUCUCACAGCAGUCCUGCAAGGGAAAACCUUAACUGAUAUUUUGAAUUCAUCUGUGCAAAGAAUAUGGGGCUAACAGGAGGAUCAAAAACAACAGGGAACUGGACAAGUCUAACUAAAAUGGACCUGUACUCCAGACUGAACUUGCCAGGGCUUUCCAAACCAUACAAUGACCUGCCAGCUGACCCAAAACAAGAUCUGAAAGACAGCACAAAUUUGGUUGAGGUGCAGAUAGUUCUUAUCUGUGCCUAUUGUGUUAUUAUCCUGCUAGGUUUAGUGGGAAACUCCUUGGUGAUUCAUGUGGUGAUCAAGUUCAAGAGCAUGCGCACUGUGACUAACUUCUUCAUUGCCAAUUUGGCAGUAGCCGAUCUGCUGGUGAACACACUUUGUCUGCCUUUCACUUUAGUUUACACAUUGCUGGGAGAAUGGAAGCUUGGCCCAGUACUGUGUCAUCUAGUGCCUUAUGCUCAAGGCCUUGCAGUGCAAGUAUCUAUAGUUACUUUGACUGUGAUUGCCAUGGACCGGCACCGUUGCAUUGUGUACCACCUAGAGAGCAAAAUCUCCAAACGCAUCAGCUUCCUAAUCAUUGGGGUGGCUUGGGUUGGCAGUGCUCUCUUAGCUAGUCCUCUGGCCAUCUUUCGGGAGUAUUUCUCCAUUGAGCUGAAUCAUGACUUCAAGAUGGUGGUGUGUGCUGAGGCCUGGCCCAGAGAAGGUCUGGUAAAUUAUGGCACCAUCUAUAGUGUCUCAAUGCUUCUGAUUCAAUACGUCUUGCCUCUGGUGAUUAUCUCAUAUGCUUACAUCCGUAUCUGGUGUAAACUAAAGAACCAUGUCAGUCCUGGGGCAGGGAAUGAUCAUUACCACCAGAGACGUCGGAAAACUACCAAGAUGUUGGUCUGUGUUGUGGUGGUGUUUGCAGUCUGCUGGCUGCCUUUUCACAUAUUUCAGCUUGUCAGUGAUAUUGACAGCAAAGUGUUGGAUCUGCAGGAAUACAAACUGAUUUACACACUCUUUCAUGUCAUCGCUAUGUGCUCAACUUUUGCCAAUCCCCUCCUCUAUGGCUGGAUGAACAACAACUACAGAACAGCUUUUCUGACAGCUUUCCGCUGUGAACAGCGGCUGGAUUCCAUCCACCCUGAGGUGUCACCAGCACUCAAAGCCAAGAAGAAUCUGGAAGCUAAAGAGAAUCACUGCAAUGGAUCACCAUUUUCACAGCCUACAAGUGUCUAAGGGCCAAAUUGGAUGUACGGAUGAAGAUGCAUGAAUGCACCUUUUCAUAUUUUUGGUAGAUAAGCUGGAUAUGCUGAAGAACAUGUAUGAAUCUUUAAAUUUUGGUAAAUACCAGAUACUGUGGGGAAAGAAGAAUCUGUACUGGCACCAUGGGGAUGGGGAAUAUUUUAACUUUUCUCCUGUGCCAUUUUCUUGAUGAACUUGUCCCCAGCUGGUAUUUGGCCCAGCUGCAAAAACAUAUGUAUGCACAUGCCAAUUUGGGGGAGAGUGAAGCAGGACUGGGAAAAGAGUGCACAGAGAGAGAGUUCAGCACUACCAUAUAGUCCUCAUUCAAAAUCCACCUCACCUAGCUUGAAUUUGCACAAAGCAGGGAUUUCACACAUCUCUAUUGCAUGUCUUGUUUGGCUCCUAAAAGAAAUGAAUAUGGACAGAGGGAGUUAGUAGAAUAACACUUUGGUGCAGGUGCUUUUUUUAAUGCAUUAGAACCUUUAUAAACCAGAGGAAAUUUGAGAAGGCCGAGGAACUUUUCUCUGCAUUUUCAGAACGUUCAGCCAUUUCUCAUCAAGGAUAAGAUCAAUUCCAAGACAAUAGACUAGUCUGGUUUCUGGCUGCUUAAGAAAUCGGAAGCACAUAGGAUAGCAACACAAGAGAGAGAGAGUUUAACAAUGUUUCUAUAUAUUAAAAAGUAGGGAAUUGAAAAGACAUUGGUAGUUGGAGGCAGACAAUAAAUAGAUGAAUGCUGGGAACACAUAGUCCUUUUGGCUAAAAGAUCCAAGUACCCUCUGGUGGUGAAGACAAGAAUUGCUGUUGAAGCUCAAGGUUGUUUCUUUUGUGUCUAAGAGGUUCCCAGAAAUUAGGGCACACAAUGGUUUAAGUUGUGUGGCUUUUUUAAGGCUUUAAAAAUUAUAUAUUAAGGCGUGUUGUUUGCCUGUUGAAGUGGGACCCAUGGUUAGCAAAAUGUAAACUUCUCCUUACAAGCCUUUUGCAAUAGAAAUGUGGAGGACAAACUAUGGAUUUGUAAGCUUAGGCUUCUGUUUGUGUUAUACUUGACAUUUGUACAUUUAAGAUGGAGUCCAGAGUGGUAAUUAUUUUACAAUCUGUUAUUGGCAAUUCAGCAAGGAAGUACUCAGCAUCCUGUGCUCUCUGGAAGGAGAAGAAGGAGAAUUUUGCUUGAAAGAUUCAUAGCUUGAGAAAUCAUUUCUAAGAUACAUGACUAAAAGGACAUGGAUGGUUCUAGUGUCUCAUUAUGUUCUUUAGUCUUAAAAGUAACCACCAACCAUUUCUACUACUGGUCUGAGUAAAAGCCUAUCUCCACUUGAUCACUGUGCUGCAAAUAGUUUCCUUCCUCUUGUCCUCUUUUACAAUAAUUUUGUGCCAUUCACUAUGGAAUAUUUGCUUAGUUGGUAAGUUUGUUACAUUUUGACAAAAGAACUUCCCAAAAUUUUGCAAAAGUCUUCAUAACUGACAGAAAGUAUUUGAGAUUUUAAAAAAAAAACUGGCAUGCUAUAGAAAGUUUCAAUCCAAAGAUUUUCCCAACCCAACAAAAAAAGCUUUGAGUACUUAGCUCCUAAAAGUUUGGCUUCAGUUUACUGUGUAGUCAACCAUAUUUGUGCUGAAAGAGCCUUGAAUGAGUCCUUUUUUCCUUGACAGGCUCCUCUAACACUUCAGCAUGGAAAGCAGGAACAACGUGAUCCUUUUCAUACUGAAAAUACUGAUACCAGUGGAGUUUGGCUAGUGUGGAUGGCUGUAAAUUUUAUUCUGUUUGUUUUGAUAAGUUCCAAACUUUUAAUGUUUCUUUAUCUAAUCAAUAGAAAGAACUUAAAUCUCCAACCAAUGGAAUAUGAGAGAAAGCAAAACUGAGAUUUGUCCAUCCCUAGCAGACCACAGGCAUUCCUAUACACGAGAAACAGGGAAAGUACACUGCAUAGGUUCUAUGUGCCUCACCUCCUCUAGUGUGCAUCUAGUGCCCCUGUGCCCUCUGACACCUCCAUUUUUAAGACAUUGACUUUAAUAGCCUCUUUGUACAUUCCAGAGAGUGAGUCAAUUUAGUUGUGCCUGUUUUGGGUCAUUUGUGGGCUUUCCCACAUUUCCCUCCCAGUUGGUGGCUUUCCUGUUGGAUGUGAUGAAUCUAUGGCGGGAUACACACCGC